AUGGAUUGGACUUAUGCGGCUUUCGCAGGCGUGCUGGGUGCCAGGUUAUUCAUGGCGUCCUUGCGCGAAAAUGCCAAGCAGUCACGUUCACUCAACGUCAAACACUUGCCGGGAAAAGUGAUUCUAAUCACCGGCGGUAACACUGGUCUCGGAAAGCAAGCAGCUAUUGAACUUGCCCGUCUCAAGCCAGCUCAGUUAUGGCUGACAGGCCGCGACGCAAUUCGACUUCGAGACGCCGCUGCCGAUAUACGCAAACAAGUCGACGAUGCACCACCAAUUAAUGUAUUGACCCUCGAUCUGGCCUCGUUCAAGUCCAUACGGAGCGCAGCCGAGACCUUUCUAUCCCAGUGCCAACGUCUCGAUGUCCUCAUGCUCAAUGCCGGAGUCAUGUCUCUCCCGGCAGGUAUGACCCAGGACGGCUAUGAAAUCCAAUUCGGAACAAAUCACGUGGGCCACGCCCUUCUGACCAAGCUCCUUGAGCCUGCUCUACUGGCGGCGAAACAAGAUAACCCGCGAGUUGUCGUUCUCUCCUCGAGAUCCCACCGAGAUGUGCCACCGGGUGGUAUCAAGUGGGAUUCACUCAAGACUUCAGGUACAGAUGUCUUCAUCCUUAAGCGCUAUGGGCAAAGCAAGCUAGCCAACGCGCUGUACGCCCGGGAGUUGGCCAAGCGACGUCCUUGGCUCCGUGUUGCGGCUGUGCAUCCGGGUGUCGUGCGAGGAACAGACAUACAAGCCUCCGCGACCGGCAUCCCGUUCGUGUUGCGAUGUCUCAUAUCGUUCAUACGCCACUGGAUCACGAUCAGUCUUGAAGAUGGCGUCAAGACUCAGGUCUGGGCAUCAAUAGACGACCAAUACCCCAGUGGGGAGUAUUUCGAGCCUGUUGGUAAACCAGGUCUUGCCAGCAAAUACGCAAUGGACGACAGGUUGGCGCUGAAGAUGUGGGACUGGACGGAGAGCGAGCUUGAGGCACAUGGAUUCUGA